CACUCUCUACAAUCGUCUCAACACAAACAAAAACGUGUGUGUGUGCUGCUUCACGCUUCUUGUCAAGUCAAGUCAACAACAAACGCUCUCAUGUCAGUAAUAAUGAAGUCAUCAUCAUCACUUGUUGCUGUCACAAUUCUUCUUCUUUUGCUGCUGCUUGGAGGAAUGAUGGUCAACAACACCGCUACCGCAGAUGGAGGAGGAGGAGAGGAAAAUGAAGUGAUGCAAGCAGAGGAAAAAGAAAGACCCGUCGGCCUGGCAGGACACAUCUUGGACGAUAGAAAGAAGAAAGUGACACUUUUUGUUGGCUCAAAACCUGCAACUACCAAAGAAGACUAUGAGGGGUACAAGAAGAAAUAUCCUGAGGCAUGCGAUGUUGAACUUGGCGAAGAUCAAGAGAAAGGAUACAUUAUUCUCAGCUACUCCAAAACCUCCAAGGCGGCUGAAAGCGGUUGCACUGUGGAUCUCUACACCGAUUUGGAAGACAAGAUCGAAUUCAAUGUUUUCUUGAGAAAUGUGGAGGGUGGUGGUCCUGCAGGAUGUCUCAAACAAUUGGAUGACAAAAAAUUCGAUGGCUACAAUGACAACGUACUGCCCUUCGCUUACAGCCAUCCAACCAUUCUCGAAGAACUCAGGGAGAAAGGACCAAAGCUAGACAUUUCUGCCGCUGGAUGCAAGAGUGAUGUCUGCUUUGAUAAGGUGUGUAUCAAAAAGACGGGCCUCGAACUUAGAUGGGCCAAAUCUUUCAAGAAUGUCGAACACAUCGAUCUUCUAAUCAAUCCAAUUGGCAGUCCUUCGUAUAAACAUGCUUCGGAAGAAAUGAAAUUGUUCGAGAAGCGUACUACGUAUGGAAAAGUAAAGAUCGAGAAAGCGGAUAAAUAUUCUGUCCGAUUUGGAAAGGACGAAGCCUUGGAACCAUACAACGAAUACAACUGUACGCAAAAUCCUGCCGGAAACAUCCUCACGCCCUUGACAUGGGAGAUUAAUGGGACGAAUCCUGUGGACCCAAAGAAGAAACAUUUGCUGGCCUUCCAUCUCCUUCCGCAAAAGGCAUCUCGCAUGAUACAAUGGUCUUUGCCUCCAAUUGGUAAUAAAAUACCAAAAGGAGUGAGUGAGGAAUCGCCAAAAGGACCUGAAUGCGAGGAGCUUCAAAUUCUUUUCUCAACGGCCAACUACGAUUUGCUGACUGUCGUCCCUCAAACUACGACCACUACUACAUCGUCUACAACUACAACCACCACUCAACCGACAACUACAACGGUUACAACAACAACUGAAGAACCUAAAAGCUCUGCGUUGACUAUCAUUAUUGUGGUUGUUGUGGUUCUUCUUCUGUGUAGCUCUUGUGCUGGGGCACUUGUCUUCUUUUUCUUCUUGAAGAAGGGCGGCGGCGGUGAUGGCGCUGAUGAUGAGGACAAGUCAAAGAUGGGCGACAACAAAAAAUCAAAAAAGGAUGACGAUGGGACCAAGUCAAAGAAUGAUAAGGGCACCAAAUCGCAGAACGACAAGGGCACCAAAUCACAGAACGACAAGGGCACCAAAUCGAAGGGAGACAACACCAAAUCAUUGACCAGCAUGAACGACAAAACUACCAACUCUGCGGCAGCUGGAGGAGGAGCAGGAGUGAAGAGUUCAAGAGUGAAGGAUGCUGAAGAAGGUGAUAAUAAGAAGGGAACUAGUACUGCAAUUGAUAACACAGCAUCUCUGGAAUUGUAGAAGAAGAGAGAAAGAGGGAAGAAUGAAGAGAAAGAAGAGAGGGAAGAAUGAAGAGAAGAGAGGGAAGAAUAAAAGAAGAUAUAUAAACAAACCCCUUCUUCUCUCCCUCUCAAAAAAAACUUGUUUAGACCACACACUAUAUAUUUGUCUAAAUAUGUAUAAUAUUCCCCUCUUAUUUCCCCUCAUAUUGCUGUGUUUCUGACUUAAAUAUAUGUAUAAUCUCAAAAAAAUUCACCCCCUUAAUAUAUUCUCUCUAAUCCCAGCUUUAUGCUAUGUAUAAUUUUUCUGUCAUAUAUACCCUGUAUACCUAUAUAUCCUUCUAUAAAUGUUUUUGUAUGUAUCUAUAUAUGUCUAUAUGUACUUUUUUGUUUGUAAAUUUGUGAAUAAAAAUGUCCGAAAAAGUUUGGUUGAUUCUUAGGAAAAAUACCAGUUUGGUGUAGUGGGAUAAAUUUAGGAAGAAAAGUUAAAAGGUUCGAAUCCCUAUGGGAAAAAAUUUUUUUAUUUGAACCAGGCAAG